AUGGCUGCGGAGAGGUCUAUCAGGCGAUUUUACGUGUCAUUGAUCCCUCAGCACAGUUCGCUGCCAGUGCAGCCGUCUCGGCCAGUUAGCAAUAAUGAUGACAACCCGGUCAUGGAGCAGGGAACGACUGCUGAAGCGGACGCACGUCGCUACCAGCUCGUAGUCCGGCCGAUUAUUAAGUCCACCAUCGGUCAACGAGACACGUCGGGGGACACCCUGGAUGAUGUGGCUCUGAUCGGCGCAGUGGUUAUCGCGGAAGCAAACUGCGACGAUUUGGUGGUCCUCAACCGGCUCCAGGAGCUCCUACUCCCGAAGGACGAAGGGUCUGUCGUCCGGAUGGCCUCGACGACUCGAUCACGAACACGCUCGAAGAACUCGGCGGAGGUGCUACAACUAGAUGUGGCUCAACGCAUCAGGACGGAUCGGGUUUUGCGAGCACAGAACGAAGAAAAGUGGAUCGUAAACCUCAAGGCGUACCUGGCAGGCGACUUGGAGAGCCUAGAUGCUGGCGAUGCGCGAGCUUGCGGCAAAAUCGCGGGCGACUACGACGUGGACGACGGUGGGAUGCUCCCUUACUGCCCACGCGCGGGAAGGGACGACGGUGACCACGAUCGUCUGGCGAAGCUGGUGGUGCCAGAAUACCUACAGUAA